CCCGGAGCCCGUGGGCGCGGGGGGGAUGCGGGGCCCGCGGCGCCGGCUCCCGGCGCUGCCCGCGCUGCUGUGGCUGGCGCUGGCCCCGCUGCCCGGCCCCGCGGCGCGGGCAGAGCUGCGGGUGCGGGUGCGGCUGCCCGGCGGGCAGGUGACCGAGGAGAGCCUGCAGGCCGACAGCGGGGCCGACUGCGUCAGCCUGGAGCUGCGGGCGGCGGACGGGGCGCUCGUCACGCUCACGGCUGAUUUCAGACAGGAGGUGAAGAUCUUCCGUGCCUUAAUCCUGGGGGAGCUGGAGAGGGGCCAGAGCCAGUUCCAGGCUCUGUGCUUUGUGACGCGGCUCCACCGCAACGAGAUCAUCCCCAGCGAGUCCAUGGCCAAGCUGCGCCAGAAAAACCCCAGGACGGUGCGUCAGGCCGAGGAGGUUCGAGGGCUGGAGCACCUGAGCAUGGACGUGGCCGUGAACUUCAGCAAGGGGGCCCAGCUGAGCUCCCACAUCCACAACGUGUGUGCAGAGGCCAAAGAAGCCAUUUACACCCGGGAAGAAGAUGUCAAGUUUUGGCUGGAGAAGGGGGUGGACGGCUCCAUGUUCGAGGUGCUGCCGCAGGGCUCGGACCUGCCGGAGCUGCAGCGCUGCCGGCUGUGCCCGGACCGUUGGAAGCCCUGCAUCUGCAGCUACUCGCUGAGCAUCGAGUGGUACCCCUGCAUGCUCAAGUACUGCAAGAGCCGGGACGCCGGGGGCAAGGUCUCCUCCUACAAGUGUGGCAUCCGCAGCUGCCAGAAGGGCUACACCUUCGACUACUACGUGCCGCAGAAGCAGCUCUGCCUCUGGGAUGAGGAGACUUAGCGGAGCUUCCCGGGACUUUUCCGAGGGGCAGCUCGUCUCCUGCCGCUCUUCACGACGCCAAGGGCUCCUGGAGCUGGCUGCUCCGAAGAAGGAAUGCUGUUCACAGCGGUGCCUUGUGCCAGGAGAGCUCUGUGUGUGUGCCUUUCCUUCCGGCCUCCUGUGACUCCCUCCCCACCUGCCGCUGCCUCAUCCUGGGACAGGCGGGCCCAGCUCGCUGUGUGUGAUGCCCUCCUGCCAGCUGCCAGAAAUCCAGCUCCCUGGGAGCAGGGGAGGCAGGUUUUUGGGGGUGAAGCACUGGGAAGGGGGUGUGUUGCCCUGCUCUGGAGUGAAAGGGGCAGCUCUGAUCAGCCACCAGCCUCGAGCUGCGUGGUCAGGGCAGGGAGGGAAAUGGCCUUGCUGACCCGGGUUGUCAAACAUCUCUGCCACUGAAGAACCCCCUUCGCUGGCUUCACCACCUCCCAGGGGGAAAACAGCUGAUUUUUGGGACCACAUCCCCUGAGCAAGGAAGGUACGAAGCCCACCCAAAGCAAGAGCUGCCUGUAGCUUUCUCCAGUGCCCUGCUGGCUGUUGUAUCCUUCCCGUGGCCAGAGAUUUCAUGGGGGGAUAUAUCCCAGCAAUGACUUGUGCCCCUUAAAGGGCUGGUAAUUAGGGCUCUAAUUAAUCCCUGUUUAGACUAGUGAAGGCCCAACUUUUUGUGCUGGUCCUGUGACUCCUGACUACCAUCCUAACUCUGUGGUUCCAGGGGGAGAGGAUGAUCCCAGGUGGGUUUUGAAGGAGACAACAUCCUACAUCUACAUCCAGUUUUAUGUCCUACUCUGCCAGCUAUUCACAAGAAGCUCUUAAAUAAUUGUACUGCUUUGCUGUGCCUUGAUUUCCCCCCCAUGUUAAAGAGGGAUGACACUGUAGCUGACCUUGGCCCUGGUAUAAACCUGGAGGGAUCAGACAAAAAGCACUGUAGCAGUGCUGCCUCAAGUUAGAACAAGGAGGGAGGAGAAAGAAGCUCUUGGGGUCUUUGGGACCCCCUGUGCCUCCUGGUGAAAAGCCUUCACAACGUGCCUUUUUGCCUAAAACACAGGAAUUUUUGACAAAAAAAAGAAAAAAUAAUUUGGUCACAAUUAUUUUUGUAUCGAUCACUUAAGGGGGGGAGAAGGGAAAGGUAUUUUAAUAUUGGAACAUGAAGUAAAACACACUUGAAAUGAUUUUUUUGUUUUUUUAAAACAAAUUAUUUAUCAUUUGUAAGGUAAAAUAAACUGAUUUUUUUUAAAGCA